UACUAUCUUUCCUUUCUGCAGCAACUUAAUGAAGCAGAAAGGGUAGAGCUCCCUAUUUCCCAAGCAGGAAGGAAGAUGACAGGAAACGAAGCUUUUAGCAGGUUCCUGUUGUCCCAUGAAAGCUUUUUUUUUUUCCCCCUUUCUCCUUUCCCUGCCAGGAGCUUGCAGCUCCAUCUUUGCCAUUAAGAACAAAGGCAAGUAGCCACUUUCUCUUUCCUUUUCCUUGCCUGUGGCUCAAGAGUGGAUGGAACUUGGGGGUUCAUCUCCCCUACUCCUAAGUACUGUUCUUUUCAGGGGCUUUGCACGGUGUCACCAGAGCGCAGGCCCUCCUCCCCCAGCCCCUUCCUGCGGCUCUCCAGCUGAGGGGAGUGGGAGUUUGGAGUCACAUCCAGGCAGCGAUGAGGCAGGUUCCCUCUGUCUGAGGUUCUCUUUUCCGUGACUGAAUCAAGGCUUUUGUAUAAUUCUCUUGGGAGGGAGUGUUGCCUGUGGAAGUGUGGCCACAUCCACGGAGAAGGGAACACCAGAGUUUAUGUAACAUGGAAUGACAACACAGGGAUGGAUGUCGGGUCCGGAUGCCCACCGACCGAAAACUCCCACCGUCUCCACAGAGAGACCUGAACCCAGGGCUCCCCCGCACCCUCCUGCAAACUGGCCACAAGUUCCAGAGCAACAACCCCUUGCACUUGUGCAGUGCUUUCCGGCUUACGAAAGAGAAAGAAAAGAAAAGAAAAAAAGCUAAUACUGAGCGUUGGGGGCCGGGCACCGGCUGGGGGCUCUUCACGCGCUCUCUCUCCGUUCUCUUUCCGGCCUCACAACAGCCCUGCGAGGCAGGCGGGGUUUUCCACGUGAGGGCAACGUCUCCCAGCUGGGAUGGGCCCGGGCUCCCCUGUCCGCCACUCAGUGUCCUGUCCGGGGGACUCCUCUUCCUCACAGGCUGCUUCUGGGACAACGGCCACCUGUACCGGGCGGACCAGCCCUCUCCCGCGCCGGGCCUCCUCUGCCUCAACUGGCUGGACGCGCAGAGCGGCCUGCUAUUUGCCCCCGAGUCGGGUGAGUGCCUGUCCCGGGAGGCGGGCCUCGGGCGGGCGGGCAGCGGCUGCAUCCCGGCCCCGGCCCAUGGCGCCUUCUUUCCCCUCCCAGGCGCCGGCAACCACAGCUACUGCCGGAACCCGGACCAGGACCCACGUGGGCCCUGGUGCUACGUCAGCAGCGAGGCCGGCGCUCCCGAGAAGCGGCCUUGCAAGGACCUGCGCUGCCCAGAGACCACUUUCCAGGGCCCGCCAACCUCUACAACAGAAACCGAGGAGGUGUCUGAAGUGCCAGGAGGAGAUGAGGUGCAGGUGUUUGCUCCUGCCAACACCCUGCCUGCCCAGAGCGAGGCCGCUGCCGUGCAGCCAGUGAUUGGGAUCAGCCAGCGGGUGCGGGUGAACUCCAAAGAGAAAAAGGACCUGGGAACCCUGGGCUACGUGCUGGGCGUUACCAUGAUGGUGAUCAUCAUCGGCAUUGGAGCUGGCAUCGUCCUCGGUUACACCUACAAGAGGGGCAAGGACCUGAAAGAGCAGCAUGAGCGGAAGGUGUGUGAGAGGGAGAUGCAACGAAUCACCCUGCCCUUGUCUGCCUUCACCAACCCCACCUGUGAGAUCGUGGAUGAGAAGACCGUUGUGGUCCAUGCCAGCCAGACUCCAGUUGACCUUCAGGAGGGCAGUGCCCCCCUCAUGGGCCAGGCGGGCACUCCAGGUGCCUGAGCCCCCCACGAUGGGCAGGAGCCCAUGCAGACACUGGUGCAGUACUGCCUACCCACCUACAGCUGGGAGGAUCUACACUUUUUGUUGUGGUUAAAACCCCCCACUUAUUUUUUUGGUUUGUUUUUGGUGAAUCCUAAGACAAGCAGGUGGCACUGUGGGAUGAGGGUGAGGCUGGGUGGGGUCCUACCAAUGCUCUUCCUCCAUCCCGUGGAGCAGGAUUUUGCCCGUGGAUGGAGGCAGCGGCAGUCCCCACAGCAGUGCUGCCAACAGGGGCUUUCAGUGCCCCGGAACUGAACCAGGGAUGGACAGGGAGCUCCCCCAGCUCCUCUGUGCUUUAUUGUCCAAGAUGGCCUCAGCCUCUGCCUCCCCACGUGUUCUCCUUGGGCUUGAGUGUUGCACACUGUUAUUCACAGUUCAGGUCAUGUAGGUUGAGAAGCGGUGUUUAAAAAAGAUAUUUAGUUUUUUAAAUAUUUGGGAUGCAAUUCCCUGCUGACCUCUGAGAAAUGGAAAUGAGUCUGUACGAAAGUCAGAACUGUGGGUUGAGAACGGGAUCUAGGUGGGGGGCUGCUGGCAGUGAUGUGCCUUGACAACCGUGGGCUGGGCCCAGGGACUCUUCCUGUUUUGAAAGGAAAGGAAGGGGAAAAUCGCACUGAACAUUCCACUUAGGAAGAGGGUAAAGAAAGAUCUGCAGCUGCCUCAGGCCACAGGACCCGAGUGGACCUGGGGUGCCCCAGACGGUUUCUCUUCAGGGUGGACAGUGACCUCUCUUCAUUCUUCAGGGGUGAGACAGCAGCCAGCUAACCUACGGGAAUGACACUGUGGGUGAGGCCUUGUGAACUGCUUCUGAGAGGUUAACCUGGAAACCCACUCGGAGGCAGGGCGAUGGAGGGCUUCAGGACUUGGCUCCUGCCUCGGCCCAAAUCUGCAGGUGGCUCUGUAGCCUCCAGGCCAGCGCCUUCCUGUGGGGUCAGUAGGGCGAGGGCCACAACCCCUAACUUGUAAAAUAAUCAUAGAACCAUUGGAAGGGACCUUAGGGUUCCCGAAGCCUUUUGGACAGAGGGGCCAGAAGUGGAAACUGACAUUCAGGGUCACAGAGGAAGCUACCAGCACGGCCAGCCCUGAGGCCCUGAUAUCACACUCGGAGGCCUUAGCACUGCUUCCCGUCCACAUAGCUUCCUUCCCAAAGCCCUGCCACUGCCUCACGUGGAGAGGGGUUAGUGGGGCCCAGUCUCUCCCGCAGGCUGUUCCUGGAAGUGAUUUGCUGAGGGGACCUAGGCCUCAGGGGGUCCCUUGUUGGUAGUGAUGCAGAAGAGAACAUUACUGGUUUCUACUUUUCUAUAAAAGCAUUUCUCUGUGUACAAGUUUUAUAUACCUCAUUCUGACACCUGCCUAUAAAGUGCAGGAAAUUGCUCUGCAUUUGACUUACAUAAAUAAAAAAAAAAAAAA